AUGACUACAUUGAUCAAAUCAAUCGCUAUCCCAUUUGUUUAUAUCAUCGGGAAAUGGCUUUGGGAUGGUUUUACUGUCACUGUACAUGUUGAUCCUGCAGUUGCCUUGGUUGGAAAAGUUGUGAUGUUGUCCUGCCAGCCCAUAGGCCACAACCCUGCUAAGAUUCAAGUGCAUUGGUAUAAAUGGGAAAGGAGUAAAAAUACGACAUUAUAUUUUUACAAUAACACAGAAAAUGGUACUGAGCUGGGCUGGGCUGGGGACCAGCACAGAAGUGAUGCUCCCAGAGGACGAUAUGAGAAUGGAGUCAUUAGAGUGAAGCUCUUUCCAGUGCAAGUAGAAGAUAGUGGGCAGUAUGUGUGUGCGGUGACAAGCAAUGGUGUCUAUCAAGAAGCUAUCGCCCAGGUGAUUGUUGCAGGUUUUGGAUCUGCACCUCGCCUAACUAUAGAACAUCAGCAGAAUAAUUCAAUCACUCUGAGGUGUUCGUCCCAAGGUUGGUACCCACAACCUGAAGUAUGCUGGACUGACAGCACGGGACAAAAUAUAACUGCUAUGGCUGAAACAAGAAUCCAAAAAGAUGUGACAGAUCUGUAUCAAAUCCACAGUACGCUCAGGGUAGCAGAUAUUGCUUCUGACACUAUCUUAUGCACUAUAAGAAAUCCCUUGCUGAAGAGGCACCUCAAAAAAGUUAUUGCAAUUUCUGGUUUCUUUGAUCUGGAGGCAGAACAUGACAUAAUUACCACUGUAAUUGGAGAAAAUGCCAUUCUUCCCUGCCGGCUGAUUAUGAAAUAUCUGCCCCAUAGCAUGGAGUUGCAAUGGAGGAAAGUUGGACCUGGAAAGGAUAAGAUAAUCUAUUUCUAUCUCUAUGAUGAAAGCAGCCCCCUGGUUAAUUCUUAUUCACAGAGUGACAAAUGCCCAACAAGCUAUUUGUCUCCAAAUGGAGACAAUAGCAGAGAAUGGCUCAGGAAGGAAUAUGAAAAAAAGGCAGAAGUUUUUAAAGGAAAAGAGUUUGGGAAAGGAAAUAUUUCUCUGAAACUGAACAAUAUUCAGGUGGAAGAUGAAGGGAAAUAUGUAUGUUCUGCCUCAGCCAACUUGUUUCACAGAGAGAUCAUCAUUGAAGUCUUGGUUAUAGGAGUAAGGAAUGAAACUUCUUUACAAAUGAAUCAGCAGAAAGUUUGCCAAUAUGAAUGUAAAUGGAAAGGGUGGUAUCCAAAGCCCAUGGUCUUCUGGAAAAAUCACAAAGGACAAAGCAUAAACUCAUUGACUGAGACAACAGAAGUGCAGGACGAGCAGAAUCUUUUCACGGUAGCAAGCACCAUUGCAGUUUCAUGUGGUACUCCCGAGGUUACCUGUGCCAUCAUCAACACAGAAUCAGAGAUGAUUCAACAAUCCACUGCUCAACACUUUGUGACUGGUCCAGUUGGCGAUGCACAUAGCAGAGGGGCAUUGCUGGCAUAA